UUGACCAGUAUUGUGGUAUUGGAACAUUUUCCAUUUUGUAUGUGAAUGAGUAAUGUAUAACAACUGUAUUUAGUCUUUAACUUAUGGGAGCCCCUGCUGUCAUCCGGAGAACUUUAUGGAUUUACUGUGGUGUCACAAUCACUCAAGAGGAUUGAUGAUCAGUGCUCCUUACAAAGAGCCCUGCGUCAUGAAGGAGGAUAAUAAGUACAUCCUUGUCCUGCUGGUGAAUGGACAAGAGUUUGCUGUAUCCUGCUUGUGUGCUCCAAAUACCGCUCUGCGAACGACCCCUGUGUAUCCGUGGAUAAUGACCACAACGUCUGCACAAGCCUCUGCAGAAUCUUCCGAUUCUCAGUUGGCAGAGCUGCCUCCAUUCCCCGGUUACCCUUCAUACCCCUGGUUCCCUGGACCAUUCCCAACGACUGCUACAAGUGAUGAAUCCGCUGAUCCCCAGAUGCUUAGUGCUGCAGACCCUACUGAUCCAGAGUCAGCUGGGUUCCCUUUAUACCCCGAGUUCCCCGGUUUCCCUUCAUACCACGGGUUCCCUGGACCGUUCCCAAUGCUUGCUACAAGUGAUGAAUCUGCUGAGCCCCAGAUGCCCAGUACUGCAGACCCUACCGAUCCAGAGCGAGCUGAGUUCCCUUCAUACCCCGCAUUCCCUGGACCGUUGCGAAUGCUUGCUACAAGUGAUGAAUCUGCUGAGCCCCAGAUGCCCAGUACUGCAGACCCUACCGAUCCAGAGCGAGCUGAGUUCCCUUCAUACCCCGCAUUCCCUGGACCGUUGCCAAUGCUUGCUACAAGUGAUGAAUCCGCUGAUCCCCAGAUGCCCAGUACUGCAGAACCUACCGAACCAGAGUCAGCUGGGUUCCCUUCAUACCCCGGAUUCCCUGGACCAUUGCCAAUGCUUGCUACAAGUGAUGAAUCUGCUGAGCCCCAGAUGCCCAGUACUGCAGACCCUACCGAUCCAGAGCGAGCUGAGUUCCCUUCAUACCGCGCAUUCCCUGGGCCGUUGCCAAUGCUUGCUACAAGUGAUGAAUCCGCUGAUCCCCAGAUGCCCAGUACUGCAGACCCUACCGAACCGGAGUCAGCUGGGUUCCCUUCAUACCCCGGAUUCCCUGGACCGUUGCCAAUGCUUGCUACAAGUGAUGAAUCCGCUGAUACCCAGAUGCCCAGUACUGCAGACCCUACCGAACCAGAGUCAGCUGGGUUCCCUUCAUACCCCGGAUUCCCUGGACCGUUGCCAAUGCUUGCUACAAGUGAUGAAUCCGCUGAGCCCCAGAUGCCCAGUACUGCAGACCCUACCGAUCCAGAGCGAGCUGAGUUCCCUUCAUACCCCGCAUUCCCUGGACGGUUGCCAAUGCUUGCUACAAGUGAUGAAUCCGCUGAUCCCCAGAUGCCCAGUACUGCAGACCCUACCAAACCAGAGUCAGCUGGGUUCCCUUCAUACCCCGGAUUCCCUGGACCGUUGCCAAUUCUUGCUACAAGUGAUGAAUCCGCUGAUCCCCAGAUGCCCAGUACUGCAGACCCUACCAAACCAGAGUCAGCUGGGUUCCCUUCAUACCCCGGCUUCCCUGGACCGUUGCCAAUGCUUGCUACAAGUGAUGAAUCCGCUGAUCCCCAGAUGCCCAAUGCCCAGUACUGCAGACCCUACCGAACCAGAGUCAGCUGGGUCCCCUUCAUACCCCGGGUUCCCUGGACGGUUGCCAAUGCUUGCUACAAGUGA